ACUUCCGGUCGUGGGUGUGGCCUCUGACAAAGUAAUGGCGGAGCCGCGUUUCUGUUGUUUCUCUGACUCGUGAGAACGGAAGUGGUUUGAAGGAUCAAAGGCUCCUGAGCUCAGACUUUGACUCGCGGAUCAAACUGUGAUGAGUCGUCACGAUGGGGAACAUCUUCGGGAAGAAGAGGCCGAGCCGCGUGACGGAGCAAGACAAGGCCGUUCUGCAACUGAAGCAGCAGAGAGAUAAACUGCGUCAGUACCAGAAGAAGAUCAACCUGCAGCUGGAGAAGGAGCGCGCUCUGGCCAAGCAGCUGCUGAAGGAUGGAAAGAAAGACAAAGCUCUCCUCCUGCUGAAGAAGAAGCGCUACCAGGACAAACUGCUGGACAAGACGGAGAACCAGAUCAGCAACCUGGAGCGACUGGUUCAAGACCUGGAGUUCGCCCAGAUCGAGAAGAAGGUGCUCGACGGCUUGAAGGUUGGAAACGAGUGUCUGAAGAAGAUGCACGAGGUGAUGUCGAUUGAAGAAGUCGAACGGAUCAUGGAUGAAACUCAAGAUUCCAUCGAUUACCAGAGGCAAAUAGACGAGAUGUUGGCCGGCUCGUUCACACAGGAAGAUGAAGACGCUGUUCUCGCUGAGCUGGAGGCCAUUACUCAGGGAGACGUGGAUCUUCCCGAGGUUCCUUCAGACGAGCUGCCAGACGUUCCAGAGGCAGAGGAGGAGAAACCAGAGCGAGAACGUCCCAGAAAGAAACCAGAGCGAGAGCUGCUCGCCGCAUGAGAGCACGCCGACCUCCAGCUGCUGGUUUUCCACAACACUCCAGUCCCACAGGAAACAAACAUUUAGCAGGAGACCUCGCUCCCUCACUGCUCCGUCAGAAAGUGGCAGCGGCUUCCAGACACUGAUCUUCCUCCACCUCCUCCAGUGGCUGUUUGUCCUCUGCUGCAGGACGACACUUGAACGCAUCACGACUGCUUCAUCAGAAACUUUGACAAAACGCUGAUUUUACUCCUGAAGACAUUAGAAGAUUAACUCUAACCUCUGAUUCAUGUCCUUUCUCCACUAAAUCAUUUUACAUAACUUACCUUUAAUACGUGUGAUUCUCACUGUGAAGCAUCUCCCCCCCCCCAUCAGUGUGAUUCAGUCUGUAACUGUCGAUUCACCCAAAUUACAGAGACUCAUUUUCAUCUUGCAACUUCAAGGAAAUCGUUUGAGAUGUUUUUAAAAUCUGAAAAUGAGAUUGGAAAUAUUUAAAAUACUCGACGGCCCCAGGAUCGAUUAAUAUCAUGUUUUGUUUCUCUUGUCAUUUGGGUGAAUUGACCCUUUAAGACCAGAAGGAUGAGACUAUACUGUUCUCUGCUCAGACCUGCUCUUCCUCCUCUUCCUCCUCUUCCUCCUCCUCUUCCUCAGUCGUCCUGACCUCCAGCUCUUUUUCAAACAUCUGAAGUCGAAACCUUUGCUUCAGUUUCACAGAAAAGUCUCUGACCUGUUUCCGCUGAACUUCGCUCAUCACAUCAUCUGAAGGUUUAACAACAAGAUGUUGAUCUUCAACACGUUCACACAACCUGGAUCCUUGUCCACAGAGAAUCAUCAACACACUGAGUUUUACUGAGUUUUACUGAGUUUUACUGAGUGUCACAUGAGUCACAUGUGUUUAAAUCACAGAAUCCUAAAGCUCGUGUUUCUCUGCGGAUCCAGUUCAUCUGUAAAUCACUUCAUGUCAGACAGAAAACUCUGAUGACAUCAUCAGCUUUGCUUUAAAUUAGUUUCUUUCUGUAAAUUCUUUUUCAAUAAAGUUGAGUUUUUUAUUGUCA